UACUACUGUGUAGCAUAACGUGAAUAAUGCCCUGCCUGACAGUACUCAAUUCCAGACAUCUACAGUAUACUGUACUGUACUGUAGGCUGUAUCUGAAACGUCAGAUUUAGAGAAACACUUUGUUAGGUUUGUUAGGCAUUGCUGUGACAUGUUGCGAACAUACGAAUCCUACUACUGUACUAACUAUAUUUUUAUUAUCUUCUUCCCACCAUGCACUGUACUACUGAGAAAAAGGAGGAAGAACUGCGUUGAAGAAGAGUGCACUGCAUAGUGUGAAGAUGGUGAAAACCAAAGCAUUCUAUUCUGGAGCACAACCCCAGGGCUGGUGAGAGACCUUCUGGGCAAGUGACAGGCCUCCAGGCGGACCAGGGCCCACCGCACCCUCCGGCUCCCACCUCCUCCACCACCAGCACCGUCACCACAACCCAACCAUCAGGCAUUCCCGGACCCUCAAUAAUGACAGGCCUCCAGGUGGACCAGGGCCCACCGUGCCCUCCAGGACCCGCCACCACCCGUCCACCCAUCCUCCACUGGAGAGGCAAGCACAGCCCUCCCCAUAUUCAGCAGGAGGAAGCAGGGCCAAGCAGCCCUUCAGGCCCCAGCACGGACAGCUACGAGUGCUGGAGCAGCCCUGAGCCCCCAGAGCCAACCCUAUACUAUGCAUCCUGCUCCUCCGAUGAGGAGGUGGCAGCAGCACUGCCUCCUGUAUGGACCAGGCCUCUCCCAGGCUUGCAUUCCCCCAUACUACCAGAGGAGGAAUCUGAGGAUGGGGAGUGGCCUGAGACUCCUCCACUACCAUCAACGCCUGUAGAAGAGGUAGACCUCCAAGGCCUCCAGGAGGGCAAGGGCCAAACAUGGUCUCCAGGACCCCCCAGCACUCCCGCUACUACCAUCACCCGACCACCCACCCACCCACUUCAUGAUGCCGACACAUCUGUACCGUCAAUAAUCCCACCACAGCCAGAAUCCGGCAAUCCACCUCCUCCCGGGAAGACAUUUUUUGUUAAGUUAAGGUUCAUUUCACCACUGUUUCUCAACCUUAUCUGUAUCUAGAUCUUAUCUGUAUCUGACAGUACUCAACCUGUAUUACUGUUCUAAUACAGUACAUUGUUUUUUAUUUUCACAGA